CGGCCCUCCUUCUCUCUCUCUCUCUCUCUCUCUCUCUCUCUCUCUCUCUCUCUCUCAUCUUUCCGCGAGGGUGACAGAUGGAGAGGGAGAGAGCGCGCGCGCUUGCGGAGCUCGUGGUGCCGAGACUCCGUCGUCAUCGUCGUCAUCAUCGUUACGCGCGUGUCGAUACUUUUUGCGGUGUGGCGAUGCGGAGCAGCGCGCGCAUUAACGGGAGCACCGGAUAAACACCAGCGGACACCAGUACAAAGGCGAGGAGGAGGACACGGAGAUGGAGACCCUCUGCCAACAGCGCGUGCACGGACUCGGUUAUAGCUGACUAAACACACCGCCGCGACCAUGACCACCGGAGCGCGCACCAACUCAUCACCGGCGGUGGCAGCGCACUCGGAGGGCGAAGAGAUCGAAGUGUUAGAGAGCGGAGAGACCGAGACCGGAGCUCAACCGGACACGGAGUGGAAAUCUCUGUUUGAUAAGUAUGACCCAGAAAGUUCAGGCUUCAUCAGCGCUGAGCGGUUGCGUGAUCUUCUGGAGACACAUGGCUCUGAGCUCGACACACACAAGCUGGAGGUUCUGCUGGCGCUGGCCAAUGGGAACGCAGAGGGAAAAGUCCGAUAUCAGGAUUUCAUCAACCUGAUGAGUAAUAAACGCUCGAACAGCUUCCGGCGAGCGAUCCAGCAGGGAGGGAGGCAGCUGAAGAGCUCCAGCCUGAGGGAGGAAGUGGGACUCGGUCUGCCUCAGAGACUCGUCCGACACGUAGCCUACGAGACGCUACCUCGGGAAGUGGACCGCAAGUGGUACUUCGACAGCUACACCUACUGUCCUCCACCUUGGCUCAUCCUCACCAUCACCAUCACAGAGAUGGUGGUGUUUGUGUAUUAUGGCCUCCUGCUGGACCGCUGGGUUCUGCAGGUUUCGUCUCCGUCCUUCCUGAAGAGUCCUCUGCCCUAUCACCCCCAGUGCAGGGCGCAGGCCUGGCGCUACCUCAGCUACAUCUUCAUGCACGCUGGCAUUGAGCACCUGGGUCUGAACAUGGCCAUGCAGCUGCUAGUUGGUGUUCCUCUGGAGAUGGUGCACGGAGCCGCGAGGAUCGGCCUCAUCUACGUGUGCGGAGUUUUGGCAGGUUCUCUGGUGGUAUCAGUGAUAGACAUGGCUGCCCCUGUAGUCGGGUCCUCAGGAGGAGUUUACGCUCUUGUCUCUGCCCAUCUUGCCAACGUUGUCAUGAACUGGUCAGGGAUGAAGUGUCAGUUUAAGUUGUUCCGGAUGGCCAUGGCUCUGGUGUGCAUGAGUGUGGAGUUCGGCCGUGCCGUGUGGUUGAGGUUUUACCCCCCCGCCAUGCCCCCGUGCCCCAACCCGAGUUUCUGUGCCCACCUGGGCGGGGUGGUGGUGGGUCUGACGCUGGGUGUGGUGGUGCUGCAGAACUACGAGCAGCGGCUACAUGAGCAGUUCCUCUUCUGGAUCUUCAUCAGCGUCUAUGGCCUCUUCGUCCUCUUUGGGAUCUUCUGGAAUGUCUUCGCUUAUAGCCUGCUGGACGUCAAACUUCCACCAGCACCAUGACCAGCGUGUGUGUAUGUGUGUGUGUGUAGGACACCAUAACCUUUAAUCUUUGGCUGUUAGUGAAAUGAGAACAAAAUGCUAAGUACCUCACUCCAAGCAUAUGUGUGUGUGUGUGUGUGUGUGUGUGUGUUUAGUGCCUAAACUGCAUCAUCAUCAUUGCAGUGUGCUGUCCAAGAAGAAAAAAAGAGAUGCAGCAGAAUGUGAAAGUGAAAGAAAAGAGAAAAGCAACACAGAGGAUGAAGCAAGAAUUAAUUAGCGAUGAUCUGUGGAGAAAUGGGUGAUGGUUUUAAGAGAAUAUUAACUGCUUUAUUUUGGUUUGUUAAUGACCAAAGUCCAAUAUGAACUGUACUUAAUAAUUAGUGGGGGGUGGAGUCAAGUGGGGUUUAGAUACUGUAGCUCUGCCUCCUUAUUGCUUAAGCUUCCAAAGUUUACAAGUUUGUUGGACUAAAAUUCUCUAAUGAACUGCUGACGAAAAUUAAUUUGUUUUUGUUUCACUUUUACAUACAAGUGAAUUAAUGUCAUGCUAACUAGCAUCUGUUGGACUUUAUUCACUGUUAGCAACAUUAGCUUGAAUUGAAGCUCCUAGUGCUGCUGUCAGUUUUGAAUAUUAGCAUCUCGGCUCCUAGCCCUCAGCUGGAUGCUGGCGAUCAGACAGUAAACCUGCACUGGUUUUCUCUCAGCGUUCCAUGUCCUUGUUUAAAUCUAAGCUGUGUGUCGUGUGUGUUAGCGGGUGUGUUAGCAGGUGUGUUAGCAAGGUGUGUGCUGUAGCUGUUUCUAGCGGACGUUAUAUUUUUAUAAGUGAUAACAGCGUCAUGAGAGAGCGCAAACUUUCCUUAACAUAGCCAAAAAUCAUCUCCUCCUCCUCCUCCUCAGCUCUUCACCGUUUAUGCCUCAGUCUAACAGACGGAUGUGAGAAAUCCGUUGUACUUUUGCGCUACUGCUACUUUCCAGCAGCACACUGGAUUAAAGGAAAUAUUUAAGUAUAAAGUGUAAAAUGGCGUGAAAUAAACAUGUAUUUAUAGCUGUAGCUGUGUGUCAGACACUGGACUAAUCAGUCGUGUGUGUGUGUGUGUGUGUGUCUAUAGACGGUGCUAGUGUACAUAUGAACUGAAUGUUUCCAUUAGGCGUGUGCUGAUAUCUUACUUUUUCUUGAUGUAAUAAUCACAGCUUAUGAUAUGAUCCUGUUAUUCAUUCAAGGAGAAACGUUUCAGAUUUCAGAUGAGUUUUUUGGUAAAAAAAAAAAAUUAAAUAAAAUAAAAUUGGACAGCGACAUUAGCCUUUCUUUUAACAGGUAGCUUAGCUAACAUUAGCACAAUGCUAGUAUUUUAUGCUACGCCACACAGUGAGCUGAAUGAGAUGUUAAGAAAGGAUAAUGGUGAUCGACUUUGCAGUUGGCUAAUCACAUUUUGACCCACGAACUGAUCAGCACACGCCUAGUGUCGGGUUUAGUGACUGUUCUGAGAUCAGCUCAUUUUUGGUCUAUGCACAAACAUUCAGCACAGCAGCAAGAGACGACUGACAGCAGAUCAGAUAUAACAGUGUUGUACAGUUCGGACAGCGCUAACAGCUAACUGAAGUAUUUAACUCUCUGACACAGCGUGGUCUGACCUCCUGCUACACCACGGUCUCUCUUCACAACACAAAUCCAGCAGUUUCAUAUUUUAACAUAAAUAUUUAAGCUGUUUUUGUUUUUUUGUUGUUGUUUUUUGUUAAUGACGGUCGAGUGUGUAGCCGCUAAGCUGCGAUGUAAAGCUAUGCUCUAAAGGCUGAAAUCUGUAGCUCUAACACAGAGCUUGAUAAUGCUCACCUGAAAUAUUUUAACGUGCAGAUUUUGUAGAUUUGGUAUGUAAAUAUGGGAAUCAUUAAACAGUUUUAUGACUGAAAAGCAAAAAAAAAAAACAGAAAGCUU